AAUCUUUCUUUCUAAUCGCAUAAUAAUGUCUUUCGCCUGGACUCACAUUCGUCAUGUUGUUGUACCACUUCCUGACGGAGCACAUAAGCAAUGGGACGGAAUUCAAAGCGUCCUAUUAACACAAGAGACAUCGCUAGAUACACAGAAAUAGGCACUAAUAGUAAUACAGUGAAUGGAGGGCUUAAAGACAGAAUACUAUUCUGAAUAGUAUUAGUAAACGAAAGCGAAUCAACUGCUGGUGGUUACCUCACGCGCAGGUGAGAGAUGUUUCCGAGGAGAGGCGGCAGUGGUUCCCAGGGGUCAGACAGGUUUGAGUAUCUGCAGGCCCUGGUCACUGAGUUCCAGGACACCGACAGCCAAGAGGCGAAGGAGCAGGUGCUGGCAAAUCUGGCGAACUUCUCGUACAACCCGGCGAACUACGAGCACCUGCGGCGGCUGCAGGUCCCAGACCUCUUCCUGGACAUGCUGACCGAGGACCAGGAGAACCUGGUGGAGUACGGCAUGGGGGGACUGUGCAACCUAUGCCUGGACAAAGUGAACAAGGCCUACAUCCUCCAGAACCGGGGGGUAGAGUUGGUGACUGGCUGCCUGUCAAGCCCUCGUGAGGAGACAGUCCUGUCUGCCAUCACUGCACUCAUGUACCUGGUCACGCCCGCUGCCCGCUCGCAGAUCACAGCACCCCCGGUGGUGGAGUGCAUGGUGCGCUUCUCCCUCUCCGAAAACAAGAGGCUUAGCAACCUGGCUGAAGUCUUCCUGCAGGAUUAUUGCAGCCCCGAGCAGCUGGAGAGAGCUCGGAGCCUGCAGGAGCACAGUGCGCUGGGGAUCCCUCUGCCCAGGGACUAGAGCAGAGAGACAGAGACACGGGGGCCCCCAGUCCUGCAGGCUUAGAGUACUGGUUAGUAAAGCGGUUGUGUUGGGUAACAAACAAAAUCUGCGUUGGAGUGUCAGACCUUAAUACCAGUCUCCCCAUUGCAGUGCAGACUUUACUGCCAGUCUCACCAUUGCAGUGGAAGGAUCAGCGAUACAUCUCCCUGAGUGCAGCAGUAUAACCAGGAUGUUGAGUAAAGGUCUAUAGGAGGUUUGUGUACUCAAGGUAUUGUUUUCAUGUGCCAUGUUACCUGACUGUACAAACUGGUCUUUGUAAAUAAGUGUAUAAUCUAUGUAUAAUCUUACCUGUCAUGUCAAUUUAAAUGAUCAAUAAAAUGUUCAGGUUUUUUUUGCGUAAUUCA